CAGCAAUAUAGAGUUUUCAAAGAUAAUAUCGAUUUAUUUUAAUUUUCCCUUUCUGCAUAUUUAACACUACAAAUCUCACAUCCAUGUACCAUUUAUCUAUACCAUCCUGCAACCGUGUUUGACUCCCUUCUCCACCCUCCUUUUCAAAAUUGACAAUCAGAAUGAACUUCAGCCCACAAGCAAUUGUCGCCACCAUCACAGAUGCCAUCAGCCAACUGACAGGAUAUUGUCUCCCAAAUCCUACACUAUACAUCAACCGGCGGUCAUUCAAAGUCAUCAAACUGCUUGGUGAAGGUGGAUUUAGUUUUGUGUAUCUGGUUCAGGACGUAGCAACUGGUCGACUUUAUGCCCUGAAAAAAAUCCGCUGUCCCUUUGGCAGCGAAGGAGUUCAGGAAGCUAUGAAGGAGGCAGAAAUGUACAGGACUUUUCAGCAUGAGAAUGUGAUCAAAGUUGUGGAUACUUGCGUAGUUUCAGACAAGGAUGGAAGUAAGGUCGUGUAUAUUUUCCUGCCCUAUUACAAACGUGGGAAUUUGCUGGACGCGAUCAACGCCAAUUUGCUCCACCAUACACACUUUUCUGAACCAGACAUGCUUAGAUUCUUUAGAGGCGUCUGCUAUGGUGUCAGGGCAUUACAUAGUCAUCGUUUACCCCAUGUACCAAUAAGUUCGCGAGAAGAAGAUACAUCGAAUAGUGGUAUCGAGGCUUGGGACUCGCGUGAGAGUCGGCUAACGGCCCAUUCGAGGCGUCAAAGCUCUUUUGCUUUGACAGAAAAUGGGACAGGAUUGUCAGAUAUGAGUCACCAUAACCGUGAUGUGGAGGCAAGUUCAGGAACGCAAGGCAAUGGACUAGGAUUUGCAGAGGGUAAUGAGGAUGUAGUUGUACCGUUUGCUCAUCGGGAUAUUAAACCGGCGAAUGUGUUAAUUGCAGAUGAUGGACAGACACCUGUAUUGAUGGAUUUUGGUUCUAUGGCACGAGCUCGUGUCAAGAUCCAGACAAGGCAACAGGCUUUAUAUGAGCAGGACCUUGCGGCCGAACAGUGCUCAAUGCCAUACAGGGCACCAGAGUUGUUUGAUGUCAAAACAGGAACAACCCUGGAUGAAAAAGUUGACAUCUGGUCACUUGGGUGUACUCUAUAUGCAAUGGCUUAUGGGACAUCUCCUUUUGAAACGAACCAAAUUAACCAAGGAGGUUCAAUCGCACUGGCAGUGCUGAAUGGAAACGUACGUUUCCCUACAGCGGAUCAAAAUGACCGGUAUUCUUCUGAAUUCAGGGACUUGAUCAAAGCCAUGUUAGUUGUGGAUCCUGCCAUGCGUCUGGAUAUCCAUCAAGUCAUUGAGCAAAUUGACCUUCUUUUGUCACGUCCACUUUAGUUUCACGGUGUAAUAAAUAUGAAAAUCCUAU